AUGUCAGACCCCAGAGGAGAUUUGCAUAUGAUUCAUACACCUUUGGUCGCCUGGAUAGCCGACUACCCUGAACAAUUGCUCAUUGCAUGUACGGCCUCGAAGCGUUCUCCGAUUUCUCUUGCUACCGCUGCCCAAUUUGGGGAUCCUCUUCCGCAUCCUCCUCGAACUCGUUCUAACACUCUCGACACUAUCGAAAGGGCAUGCACUAUUUCCGAACCCUGCGACAUCGCAUCCUUCUAUAAGACAUGUCAAGCCCUUCAUCUGAAUGGUGUUGUUGAACUGUACUGGAAGGAUUGGGGCCAUGCAUGCCCAUCCUUCUUUUUGAUGCCAGAUGGCCUCCAUCAGUGGCACAAAUUUUACUUCAACCACCCCAUCAACUGGUCUAUAAACAUCAUGGGGGGAGCGGAACUCGAUCGUCGACUGUCAGUUCUUCAACCCCGUGUAGGAGUGCGUCAUUGGGCGAAUGGCGUUUCCACGCUGAAGCAGCUCACUGGUCGAGAACAUCGAGACCUUGAGAAGCUCCUUCCUGGCGUGAUUGUUGGUGCUGUCCCUGAUGAAGUUGCAUGUGCACUACGUGCUAUCACGGAAUUUAUAUUCCAAGCACAGAACCUCUUCCUUUACGACAAAACCUUACAUUCUUUAUCCGAAGCCCUCCGUGAAUUUCACUACUAUAAGGACUUCAUCCUGACAGCGGGUGGCCGCCGUGGCAAGAACGGUCUCCUCAAUCACUUCCAGAUCCCCAAGCUAGAGUUAAUGCAGCAUGUCACCCGGAGUACUCGAGCCAUGGGUGCUCCAUAUCAAUGGAGCAGCGAUAUUACUGAGCGUUGCCACAUCACUCAUGUGAAGCGGCCUUACCGCAUGUCUAAUCGCAGGGAUUUCCACGGUCAGUGCUGCCGCUUCCUCGACCGGCAGGAAAAACUGCAAUUCUUCCAGCUUUACACAGUUCUAAAG